UGCAUCCCUCAUCCCGGUGACGUCGCAUAGAUUCAUUCCGUUAAAAUCAUGUUUAUCUCCUACAGAUGAGCACAAAUCCGCGUGAUCACAACAACGAGACCGCCAUCAGACUCACAGAAAUCAGACAUCUGACACAUUCACGUUUAUAAUGGAAUUAAAGAAGGUGGUCUGUGAGAGCGAGCGGACGAUGAAAAGCUAUGGCGCGCUGCGCGAGACCAAGAGGAACGCCGACAAAGGCCAGAUGGACGUGUCCAUGGCAGAGAGCUCCUUGUCUCCUGAUGAGAUUGAGGCAGAAAUGGCUCGGAUUCAGCGCCUUAGGGAGGUGCUGGUGAGACGGGAAUCUGAACUGCGCUUCAUGAUGGAUGAUAUUCAGCUCUGUAGAGAGAUUAUGAGUCUGAAACAAGAGCUGAGAACGAUUGUUACAAUGUCAGACGCAGAGAAGACAAAGAAAUAUCGUCAGAGAGAAGAGAAAUUAAUCCAAGAGAUUCAUCAACUGGUGCAGAAGAGAGAUUUUCUGGUGGAUGACGCAGAGGUCGAGCGACUGAGGGAGCAAGAGGAAGACAAAGAGAUGACAGAGUUUCUGCGACAGAAGCUCAGUGUUAUACAGAGAGCUCCCAGAAAGACAGACCCUCCACCCUACAAACCUUCCAUCACCAAGACCAGCGUGGCCAUCAUUAAAGACUGCUGUGGAGCUACUCUGUGUGCCAUCAUGUGAUGAUGUGAGACCAGCCGAAGUAUCACAGCACUUAUUCUUAAGAUUUCACAAGUAAUAUUAAAUGAUUUUUUUUCUUCAUUGGCUUAAUUUACUGCAUCACCAAAGCCACUCAGGUUAAUCUAGCACCAACUCCAUCACAAACUAUCUAGAGGGAUCCGGAGGAACAGCAGAGGAUUAUGGGUAAUUUCCUGUUAUAAUAGUGUAGGGUAGUAGAGAUGUUCCGAUACACUUUUUCCCUUCCCUAUACCUGUCGGCCGAUACGGAGCAAUGAUCCGAUCUCUGGGUGUGUAUCUGUAUACAGCUCAUCUAUUACCAGCCCUGGGUGAAUUGAUAAGAAUGAUUUUAUGGUGUUCUUCAGACUCAUCCCUUAAUAAAACAUGAACAAAGACAAACAGUGAA